CCCUAGGCUACUUCCGGCGUGAGGCCCAGAUAUGCUUAAACCUUUCUGCCUCGGGGCGGGCUUUGAGAAGGGACCGUUUCCGGCGCAGGAGGAGGUUGGCUGACUGGAAAGCGCGGGGCAGGUGUUUGCCAUGGCGGCGGCCGUUAUCGUCGCGAGACACCUCAGAGCCUCUUUGUUAGAGACGCGAGUCCUCUGCGGGGCUACAGGAACGACAGUUGGCUUGCGGCGCCAAGGUCUUUCGGGGCCAGGAGGCGGCGGAAGCGAGGUUCCUUCCAGGAAGGCGGAAUCCUUUGCAUCCAUGUUGAGGCGCUCUCCUUUAAUUCAGAUGGGACCUUGCAAAGACAAAAUUGCCAUUGGAGAAAUUUUCCACAUCACAGAAGAUGAUCUGUAUAUAGAUUUUGGUGGCAAAUUUCAUUGUGUAUGCAAGCGACCAGAAGUAGAUGCCGAGAAAUAUCAGAAGGGAUCCAAAGUCCGGCUGAGACUUACUGACCUUGAACUUUCAUCUAGAUUCUUGGGAGCCAAAACAGACACAACUUUACUGGAAGCUGAUGCAGUACUCUUGGGACUUGUGGAAAGCAAAGAAAAUAGACAAAAAUAGCAAAUGCUAUUUCCCCUCCCAAAAACCCUCAAUAUAGAUUCACUCCUGACUACAUUUUAGCAAAUCUAGGUAGUUGUUUGAUUUGUGCAGCACUUUCAGUUUUUUUUGUGAUGGCUUGGCUAAGCAAUAAAGAUUUGAAUUGAAUUAAAA